AUGACCACAUCCAAUGCUGCAGGACCUCGUCCCCAAGGCACCAAUUUCAGGGUAGAUGUUGACCUUGCUCAAGACUUGGAUGAGGAGAAUUUAAAGUGGGUCAAGAAGAACAAGUCAGAAAAAGAAGGGUACAACAAUGCCAAGAUGUACUAUGAUGAACCAUACAAAGCCCCCGAUCAGACAGAAGAAGGAGCUUUAACUUACAAAUGCAACUGGUGUCCAAAGUCAGUCCGAGUCAACAAGUCCACCGACUCAAACCUCAAAACUCAUCGCGAUGGUUCCAUCCACGGCAACCGUUUACGCAAGUCGUGCACUGGACGUGCGAAAUCAUUAGCGCAGGGGGCCAACCUCCCUCAGAGUGCCGAAGAGAAGCAUUCAGCCAAAGUCAAGACCACCACCUCAAGUGGAACCCUGACCGUCUACGUACAGAAAGGCCAAUUUGAUGUCAAGACCAUGAACAAAAUCCUAGUAUUUUGGAUAAUCUGA